AUGCCAGCUACGCACAUGCUGCUUCUGGCCUGCCUGGCGUGGGGAACGGGGGCCAGGACGGCCCAGCUCCGGAAGGCCAACGAUCGCAGCGGCCGAUGCCAGUACACCUUCAGUGUGGCCAGCCCCAGUGAGUCCAGCUGCCCCGAGCAGGGCCAGGCCAUGUCAGCCAUCCAGGACCUACAGAGGGACAGCAGCACCCAGCGCGCCGACCUGCAGUCCACCAUAGCUCGGCUCAGCUCCCUGGAGAAUCUCCUCAACCAGCUGACCCUGGGCCAGGCUGCUGGGCCCCAGGGGACCCAGGAGGGGCUGCAGGGAGAGCUGGGCACCCUGAGGAAGGAGCGAGACCAGCUGGAGACCCAAACCAGGGAGCUGGAGGUGGCCUACAGCAACCUCCUCCGAGACAAGUCGGCUCUGGAGGACGAGAGGAGGCGGCUGGCGCAGGAGAAUGAGGACCUGGCCAGGAGGGUGGAACGCAGCAGCCAGGAAAUGGCCAGCCUGAGAAGGGGCCGAUGUCCCCAGACCCCAGCCACCCCUCGGGAGGUGCAGCCAGACUCCAGGGAAGCUCCUCAGUGGAACUUGGACACUCUGGCCUUCCAGGAACUGAAGUCGGAGUUAACCAAGGUUCCGGCUUCCCAGAUCUUGGAGAGUCCCUCUGGCCGUCCCAGGAGUGACGAUAACGGCUGUGGAGAACUGGUUUGGGUAGGAGAGCCUGUCACCCUGAGGACCGCAGAAACAAUCACCGGCAAGUAUGGAGUGUGGAUGAGAGACCCCAGGCCGGCCUUCCCGUACACACGGGAGACCACGUGGAGGAUCGACACGGUGGGCACAGACAUCCACCAGGUCUUUGAGUACAGCCUCAUCAGCCAGUUCGUGCAGGGUUACCCCUCCAAGGUGCAUGUGCUGCCCCGGGCGCUGGAGAGCACCGGAGCCGUGGUGUAUGGGGGGAGCCUCUAUUUCCAGGGGGCCAAGUCCAGAACCGUGAUCAGGUACGAGCUGAACACCGAGGCAGUGAAGGCGGAGAAGGACAUCCCGGGGGCCGGCUACCACGGACAGUUCCCGUACUCGUGGGGCGGCUACACAGACAUUGACUUGGCUGUGGAUGAGACGGGCCUGUGGGUCAUCUACAGCACCGGGGAGGCCAAAGGAGCCAUCGUCCUCUCCAAACUGAACCCGGAGAACCUGGAACUUGAACAGACCUGGGAGACCAACAUCCGUAAGCAGUCAGUCGCCAACGCCUUCAUCAUCUGCGGCACCUUGUACACGGUCAGCAGCUACUCCUCAGCCGAAGCCACUGUCAACUUUGCUUAUGACACGGGCACAGGGGUCAGUAAGACCCUGACCAUCCCAUUCAAGAACCGCUACAAGUACAGCAGCAUGAUCGAUUACAACCCUCUGGAGAGGAAGCUCUUUGCCUGGGACAACUUCAACAUGGUGACCUAUGACAUCAAGCUCUCCAAGAUGUGA